AUGUUUAAAAAGAAAAACAGCGCGGACGGACCAAAAAAAACAAACCGUGCUCGGUGUGAACGGCCCCUUUAGGGGGUCUUCCAAACGAGUUAAGUGUACUGUGUGUGUGUGUGUGUGUGUGUGUGUGUAGUCCAAAUAGUCCCGCCCACACAGUGACGCCUCUGCGAGCAGAGAAAACGUGCGGACCGUCCGUUCCAUCAGUCUCCUUUUAUUUAAACCUUUUUGUCGGGUCUUAUCCACAUAUUUUCCCUCAAGACUGCUUGUGCAGACAGACACAGUGAUGGAUGAGCUACAAGACGUUCAGCUGACCGAGAUCAAACCUCUUCUGACCUACAAGUGGCACCCACAUAAAGAGCAACAGAAGCUGAACUCUCAGAAUUUCCAGGACUUUGACUGUCAGGAGCAUGACAUUGAGACACCCCAAGGCGUACUCCAUGUGACCAUGAAAGGCAGUCCUAAAGGCAACCGUCCCGUCAUUCUAACCUACCAUGACAUUGGCCUUAACCACAAGUCCUGCUUCAACACGCUGUUUAACUUUGAGGAAAUGAUGGAGAUCACUCACCAUUUUGCUGUCGUGCAUGUGGACGCCCCUGGCCAACAGGAGGCAGCACCCCCCUUUCCCACAGGGUACCAGUACCCCACCAUGGAUGAGCUGGCAGAGAUGUUACCCUCAGUCCUGACUCAGCUCAAGGUGAACAGUGUGAUUGGCAUUGGUGUGGGGGCAGGAGCCUACAUCUUAAGCCGCUUUGCCCUGAUUCAUCCAUCCAUGGUAGAGGGACUGGUUUUGAUUAACGUGGACCCCUGUGCUGAGGGCUGGAUGGACUGGGCUGCUUCGAAGAUCACUGGGUGGACCAGUAAUCUAGUGGACAUUGUGAUGGCUCAUCACUUCAGCACUGAGGAGCUGACUGAAAACCAGGAACUGAUACAGACAUAUCGCCUGCACAUUGCCCAGGACAUCAACCAGGACAACCUGGCCCUCUUCUGUGGCUCAUACAAUGCGCGUCAUGACCUUGGAAUCGAGAGGCCAGUUGCCGGUCUCAAUGAGAAUACUGUGAACACGCUGAUAUGCCCUGCUAUGCUGGUUGUUGGAGAUACCUCCCCUGCUGUGGAGGCUGUGGUUGAAUGCAACUCUAGGUUAAAUCCAGUAAAGACCACUCUGCUGAAGAUGGCUGACUGUGGUGGUUUGCCUCAGGUUGUUCAGCCUGGAAAGCUGGCCGAAGCCUUCAAAUACUUUGUGCAAGGAAUGGGAUACAUUCCUCAUGUUUUGCUCAGCCAUCUGAGCUUUGAAUCAGUACCUGCUGCCGGCAUGACGCGCCUGUCUCGAUCCCGAUCCUCCUCCUCCAGCUUCACAUCCUCGGACAGCUCACGCAACCGCAACCUGAACAGCCCUCUGGACGGGCCCACCUCUGGAGCCCUGGUCAACCAGGCCAGGCCACAAACCAUGGAGGUCUCCUGCUAAAAAGGCACCGCCGCUCCUCUCCUCCCCCUGGAGCUCCGGGAGAAUCUGUCUGCUGUCCUUUCACCCCUCUUCUCCUGUUAUUUGUGUCCUAGAUUCCUGUGUUUCUAAAGCCUUUAAUAGUUAAGCAGGGGAGGCUCGAAUGUAUGAAAUACUAAAGGUAUACAUAAUGAAUAUAUACAGAUGAUACUAUACGCUAGCUACAUUGUCAGUCAUAAAAGCAGAACAAAUGAAAUACUAAUAUAUAAUAACACUUGAAGGGUCUUCCACCAGGCUGUUCUCUUUUUUUCCCCCAUUUUUUUUAAUCAUCAUCUUUGUUAGUGAUCCAUUUUAUAAUUUCCCUUUUUUUUUUUUCUUCCACCCCCUUUUAAAUGCUUUUUUGAACCUCCCUUACUAAAAAAGUAUAGUUAAUCAAAAAAUGAAAAUUCUGUCAUCAUUUACUCACCCUCACUGAAACAAAACCCAUAUGACUUUCUGUCUUUUGUGGAACAGAAUGUUCAGUCUCAGUCACCAUUCACUUGUAAUGUAAAAAGAUGCAGUGAAGCUGAAUGGUGACUGAGACUGAACAUUCUGCUUGAAAUCUCUUUUGUGGCCCAAGGAAGCCAGAAACUCAUACAGGCUUGAAACAACAUGAGGGCGAGUAGAUGAUGAUAGAAUUUUCAUUUUUGAGUGAACUAUCCCUUUAAAGGAAAAUUAUAAAAAUGUACAUUUUAUGGUGUGAACUGUGAAUGUUUCCUUUGCCCUUAUCAUGCUACACUGUGAUAUUGUUUCAUUUGUCAUCCUGAAGCUCUCUGUUUUACUGUUUCAAAUAAAUUGCCUGUCGUGUUCUGUUGUUGAAUCCACUUUAAUGUGAACCCAUGAAUGUAAUGAAUGUUUAAAAAGUAAUAUUUCUUGUGUUUAACCUGUAUUAAAAACUCUACUGGCUUGUAUUAAACAAUAAAUAUAACCAUCUUUAGCUGUUAGAAAAUAACAAUACCUUGUGAAGACUUAAGAUCACUCAUCAGGCUAAACAAGUGGAAUAUAAUUUGUUCUUUUUGUUUUAAUCUUUGUUUCUUUGGGUUUUUUAACAGUUACAACAUGCUGUCACUUUUUAAAUAUGCAAAGCAACUGUAGCUUUGCAUAUUUAGACUUAGUUGCAUAUAAAAUCAUGCUUUUUGUAUAUUUUACAUGAUCACUCCCUAUUCAUUUUUUUAAAACAUAAUUAUUCCUAAUCUAUUGAUGUAAACAUGGAUUGACAGCUUUCAUGAACAUAAAUGGAAGAAUGAACUUGUGUCUGAUAAAGUCACUCUCCAUUGAUUCUCAAUUACUAAAUAAAGUGACAGUAUAUCAUGGAAACUGGCAUAAGGUGUCUCGUGCAUUUUUUACAAGUUGUAAUAU